CUAAGUCGAAGGCCCGGACGUCCUCUCCCUCCACAUCCUGGCCUAGGCCUGCCUCUCCUUGCCUUAGCCCUGGGCCUGGCCACACUCUGCCUCCAAAACCUCCAUCCCCCCGAGGCACCACUGCAUCACCCAAGCGGCGAGUUCGGAGGAAGGAGGAGGCAAAGGAGAGCCCCAGCCCAGCAGGGGCUCAGGACAAGAACCAGGACAAGGGCAGGGCCAGCGAUGAGAAGGAUCCCGCAGGCCCAGCCUCACCAGCACCCUCACCCGUGCCCUCACCCACCCCAGCCCAGCCCCAGAAGGAGCAGCCCACGGCGGAGAUCCCUGCAGCCCCUGCUCCACCGGUGACCCCUAGCAAACCCAUGGCGGGCACCACAGACAGAGAAGAGGCCACUCGUCUCCUUGCUGAAAAGCGGCGUCAGGCUCGGGAACAGCGGGAGCGGGAGGAACAGGAGAGGAGACUACAGGCUGAAAGGGACAAGCGAAUGCGGGAAGAGCAGCUGGCACGAGAGGCUGAGGCUCGGGCUGAGCGAGAAGCCGAGGCCCGGAGGCGGGAGGAGCAGGAGGCCCGAGAGAAGGCACAGGCUGAGCAGGAAGAGCAGGAACGGCUGCAGAAGCAGAAAGAGGAAGCUGAAGCCCGGUCUCGGGAAGAAGCCGAGAGACAGCGUCUUGAGCGGGAAAAGCACUUCCAGCGGGAGGAGCAGGAGCGGCAGGAACGCAAAAAGCGCCUCGAGGAGAUAAUGAAGAGGACUCGGAAGUCGGAAGCUGCUGAAACCAAGAAGCAGGACAGAAAGGAGGCAGCAGCUAACAAUUCCAGCCCAGACCCAGAGAAAGUUGUGGAGGCUAGGUCCUCAGGCCUGCACAAGGACACUAUGCAGAAAGAGGAGCUGGCCCCCCAGGAGCCACAGUGGAGCCUGCCAAGCAAGGAGCUGCCAGGAUCCCUGGUAAAUGGUCUGCAGCCUCUCCCAGCACACCAGGAAAACGGCUUCUCCCCUAAGGGACCUUCUGGGGACAAGAGUCUGGGCCGAACACCAGAGGCACUCCUGCCCUUUGCAGAGGCAGAAGCCUUUCUCAAGAAAGCUGUGGUGCAGCCUCCUCAGGUCACAGAAGUCCUUUAAGCAGUUGCCUUGGAUCCAGGUGCGGCUAUGAAGGCUCCUCUGCAUCGUCUACCCAGAUGUCUGCAGAAGAAAGAGACAGAGCAAAGAUGGAAGUGGCCUAGGCCCCUGGGGGUGGGUCCUCUCUGUUGUUUUUAAUCUGCACCUUAUAGACUGAUGUGUCUUUGGCUGGAGCCAGACCCUGCCCCUCAGUGCAUUCGUGUGCUCACACGCGCGGUCACCUCUCCCCCUACACACACAUACACUCACAGCCUUUCUGGCCUCCCCCUGGGGAAGGGCCACCUGUAGUAUUGCCUUGGUUUGGUGGGGUACAGUGGAUGUGAAUACUGUAAAUAGCUUGUGCUCAGACGCCUCAGCGUGGAGGGGGUGGGAGGCAGACCUUCCUCCCAAGGCUUCCUGGGGAGAUCUUCCUCCCUCUAUUUAACUGUAACUGAGGGGGAACUCAGGUCUGGGAAUGGGGGGCACCUUGGGCCACAGGAUACUGGUUGCUUCAGGGGUAACCAUGCCCCCUGCCCUCACCUGGAAUCAGUGUUAUUGCAUCUGAUCAAACUUCUCCAGAAAUAAAGUGAGAAUAAUUCUGCCAA